AGGGAGGCGGCUGCUGCUGCUGCUGUUGCUCUGCUUCCUCUCUACUCAGCAUGGCCUCCUGGCUGGGGGACUCCGCUGGCCCUGACCCACUCAUGGUGCUCCUGGUUGUCAUCCUCCUGGUGCGCUUUAUCCUGUGGUCCUGUCUGGGAACCUAUAUGGACUACAGGCUGGGCCGGCCUCAGCCUGGCAAACCCAAGGAAGAGUAAGCCAGGGGGCCCA